UGUUGCUCAGACAGUUUUUGCUGCAGCAGGAAACUGAAGAAUGAUCAUCAGCAUGAAUUGACUCUUCAGUUCUGGCCGCCAUCUUUGUCCAUCAAAAUCAUCACCCUCCGUCUCCACAGCGCCCCCUACAGCUCCUCCUCUAGCUCCUCCUCUUGCAGCUCCUCCUCUAGCUCCUCCUCUGCAGCUCCUCCUUCAGCCAUGGAUAGCACCCCGAGGAGGUGGAGUCUGAAGCCCCUGUCACCCCUGCUGCAACCCUCAGACCUGCGGACCAUUGCUGGCCCCGCCCCCGGUGACGCCCCUGACCUGGACAGUCCAGUCGUCAGCUCAGACAACAUCUCCGUCACUAGCAGCCACUCGGUGGUCUGCGCUUCCCAGCAGGACGACGGGUUCCCGGACGGAGGGAGCCUCAGUGACGAGUGGCAGCCCAGCGGCCCCAGCGGCCCCAGCAGCCCCAGCAGCGGUUCAGGCUCUCACUGUGGCUUCUACUCCUUCGUUGAGGAUCCAUCGAGUCAAGAAGCAGAGCUCAACGAAGCCUGGAUGGUUUCACCACAGCGGCAGGCUCAGCUGCUCACCUUGAGGGAAGAGAAAGGAUUCAAACUACAGACCUACACCAGCAGCAGGAAGCCAGAGAGCCUAUUCUCAGAGAGCGAAGAAGACUCACAGUACAAAGUGGAUCCAGAGAAUGUCAUCGAAGUGGGGGGGGAGGAAGAGGAGAAGCAGCUCCGCAAGGAGAUCAUUCACAGCCAAGCACUAAAGAAGAGCCCAAUGUUCAAAGAUCCGCUGCAUGUUCUGGAGAAUCUGGAUCUGAGCAGAUCCACAAACCAACUGAUAGAUGGUUUCAGUUUGAGCUAUAGUCCUGUGAGCUGCAGGCCAGAACCUCCUAAACCAGCUGAAUCUGAGGCGGUCAACAAGGAGCAGAUCAACUUCAGUGCUGUGCGACAACAGUUCCUGAAGAUGGAGCAGGACCUGUUGAAACCCGUCCUCAACCCUCUCAAGUCCUCAGCAAUACACCUGAAUCCAUCUUUUCAGCAAGAUCCUGAUGUGUUCUUGUCUCGGCAGGUGGAGACCUUCGACAGUGUGAAGGUGAGUGAAGAUACAGAUCAGUUUAAGCCAUCAGAAGAAUAUGAGACCUACCCAGAAAGGAAGGAGACAGGUUCCCAGAUUGAGGAAAGUCGGAGGAGGAAGAGCAGUGUGUCUGAUGACCUGGCCUCUGGCCUGGAGCAGCUGUUGGUGGAGGUGGGCGGCGGAUACACCAGUGAUGAAGGCAUGUUCAAUGACAACACAACGCAUGAAAACAUCGGCUGCAAGUCCACAGCUGAGUCUGAGACUCCAAUUGAAAGGGAAAUCCGAUUAGUUCAGGAACGCGAGGAGGACCUGCGGCAUUCUCGUGGCCUGAAGCCCGCUGACAGCAAGAAAGAGAUAGUCGAGAUCAAAACCAAACGUUUACAGUCAUCGCUCACACCGAUCAAAGCUAAAGAAAAGACUUGUAUGAGCUCCAUUAUUCAGCAAGACAUUCAGAAGGAGAUCGAGACUAGUGAGGAAACUCCGCAGCAGGGAGGGAUCCGGGGACAACACAACCCAGAUGUUCCACAGCAGCUUGAGGAGGUAAAGUGCUACAUUGACCAACAAGACACAGACAGGCGGGCAGAGGAAAGACCUGCGUCUGUGUCUGGAGAGACAGAUGUCCUCUUGUCUCCCUGCUGUCCUCAUAGACACCCUGAAAAACCCCAUGUGUCCAUCACUCAAGAUAAUUCAGCCUUCACCUCCUUCACUGUGAGGGACUUGAUUGUCCAAGGGUCAAGACAUUUGGACCAGGAUCCAAUUACUCCAUCACACCCCUCCUUGCCCUCCUCCCCAGCACUGACACCUCAGCAUCAACUGACCUGGACCGUGCCUCAAUCUUGGAGGGAGAACCUGGAGUCCACUGGCCUGCAGUCCAGAGGACAAGGAGCUCCAGGUUUCAUAGAGAUGGAGAUCGAGGAGACCCUGAGACGGGAACAGGAGCUGAGGGAGUCAAGGGAGAAAACCAACCAUCAGCUCUUCUCUCCAGCUCCUGGGCUGGAACAGCCGACCAAGCUGGCUGUCAGUCAGUUCCACCCUUCUGCAGAUACAGGUAAACCCGUCCGUCUGUGCUCCUCCUCACCUUGUCCCCCUGUCCGUCUUUCGUCCAUCUCCUUUAUCACUGCCCAGCCCUGGACCCCCCCCACUCCCCGCUCCUCCCCCUCCUCCCCGGCGGUGGCCCCUUCGGGACCCCCUCCUCUGGGGGGGGGGCUCACACAGACCCUGCUGCAGAACCUGGAGGACAGACGAGUGAAGCUGAAGCUGGAGGAGGGCUCAUACGCAGGAAUCCAGCCGACUGACCACGUGAACCAUGAGGUCGUUGAGUCGACUCGUGUCAUUCUACAUAAAAACCAGCGAGCUAUGCGAUGGGAGGCCGGAGUCUUUACCAACCAGAAGGACCAGCAGGACUAGAUCCAGGAACAGGAUAUGAAGUGGGACUUUCAAAUCGUUUAAAACUGUAGCUCUGUCCAAAUCCAGGAGCCGCAUCCUUUGCCGGGUGCAUUCGUAGACCGAUCGAGUCACAUGGUGCGACUAGACUGUCCCAAUUGGAAGGCUCCUCCAAACGUGUCCUUGCUACCCGAGCAACCGGGUGGAUCCUUCCCAGCUCAACCAAUCCCAGGAUUCAUAGCACUUCAGUGAAGGUUAAUUGUAAACUGUUUCUUAAAGAGGUGAUGGCAGAAACCAUCAGGAGACUUUAUCUUUCAAUUUAAAUACUCAACAGCUAUCAGAUCCACCACAGGACGUCAGUGUAGACCUGGUCCACCACAGGACGUCAGUGUAGACCUGGUCCACCACAGGAAGUCAGUGUAGACCUGGUCCACCACAGGACGUCAGUGUAGACCUGGUCCACCACAGGACGUCAGUGUAGACCUGGUCCACCACAGGACGUCAGUGUAGACCUGAUCCACCACAGGACGUCAGUGUAGACCUGAUCCACCACAGGACGUCAGUGUAGACCUGGUCCACCACAGGACGUCAGUGAAGACCUGAUCCACCACAGGACGUCAGUGUAGACCUGGUCCACCACAGGACGUCAGUGUAGACCUGAUCCACCACAGGAUGCAGCCGCUGAAUUGAGACACAGUCCACAACACUCCAACAGGAGAGGCUGCUCCUGAUUGGUCCUUUAAGAUGACGUCUCCUGUCAUUCAAUCAGUAGAGACAAAAAAAAUUGUUUUGAAAAAGAUUAAAAACUGAAUAGAUAUAAUAAUACUGAAUGAAGCUUUACCUGUCUCUACCUGUCUGUCUCUACCUGUCUGUCUCUAUCUGUCUGUCUCUAUCUGUCUUUACCUGUCUACCUGUCUCUACCUGUCUGUCUCUACCUGUCUGUCUGUCUCUACCUGUCUGUCUCUACCUGUCUGUCUGUCUCUACCUGUCUGUCUCUAUCUGUCUUUACCUGUCUACCUGUCUGUCUGUCUCUACCUGUCUGUCUCUACCUGUCUGUCUCUACCUGUCUGUCUGUCUCUACCUGUCUCUACCUGUCUGUCUCUACCUGUCUGUCUGUCUCUACCUGUCUGUCUGUCUCUACCUGUCUGUCUCUAUCUGUCUGUCUCUACCUGUCUACCUGCCCCAAAUUUGUUAAAUACAACAAAUGUGGUGAUUAAUACAGAAGAAAACAUAUCUGUUUAUGUCUCUCCUGACAUUAACACUUGGUCACUGUACUCUAUAGUUUUCUUUUUUAGCUGAAACAAAGUUCUCAGUCAACUUCGUUCAUUGUUCUUUGGGAUUUCCUAAACAUCGGAUUAAUCGGAUUCUUGUCACUGAGCUACGAGACGAAGACAGAGUGCGACCUGAUGUCUGCGUUUCUUUGACUCCGCCCUGCAGCUGCCGGCAGAUCACAUGACGCCUCAGUCAACCAGGUUGUAAAGUCCGUGUGUAAAGGAGCUGCUCGCAGGUCUUUCAUCUCUCAGCUCUCAUUGGUCAGUUCACCCAGAUGCCCCGUGAAAACCCCGUGGAGGAAGAAGAGAAUCUGAGGCUGAAACGACUAAGAUGUUUUUCAUUUAACAGCCAAUAAUAAAGUAUGGAAGCCUGGUAGUACAAUGUGAGAAAUAUGUUAUGAUUUGAUACUAUACAAAUAAAAUUUAAUUGGAUUGAAAUAUGAAGUCAUCCACAUUUUGCGACAUGAUAACAACAAUAAAAAACAGUUCACUUUCUGUCAAAUGUUCAAACACGAUAACAAAUGAAGAACGUUUUUAAAGUUGUGAAUUGAUUUGAACCAAAGAAACAAGUUAUAAAAGAAAAUGUCAACAAUUCAUUUUGUAGCUUUAAACUGGAGCUUGUUUUAGAACAAUAAAGUUUCAUUUGAAGUAUUUGAAUAAACAUGAUACAAUA